CCCUCUCCGGUGUCGAUGCGAUUAGUUUUGGCUUCCUUUCCUUAUCUAUUUCCCAUCAUCUUCCCCUCAGAGCCAACCCAGGCUUCUGGGCCUUAUGUGGAGAUCAUCGAGCAGCCCAAACAACGGGGCAUGCGUUUCCGCUACAAGUGUGAGGGUCGCUCAGCAGGCAGUAUUCCGGGUGAGAGAAGCACAGAUACCACCAAGACACACCCCACCAUCAAGAGUACUCUGUACUUUGGACAGAUCAAUGGCUACACGGGACCAGGAACAGUUCGAAUCUCCCUGGUCACCAAGGACCCACCUCACCGGCCUCAUCCACAUGAACUUGUGGGGAAAGACUGCCGGGAUGGUUUCUAUGAGGCUGAACUCUGCCCAGACCGCUGCAUCCACAGCUUUCAGAACCUGGGGAUCCAGUGUGUGAAGAAGCGAGACCUGGAGCAAGCCAUCAGCCAGCGCAUCCAGACCAACAACAACCCCUUUCAAGUUCCUAUAGAGGAGCAGCGUGGGGACUAUGACCUGAAUGCAGUGCGCCUCUGCUUCCAGGUGACGGUGCGGGACCCAUCAGGCAGGCCCCUCCGCCUGACUCCUGUCCUCUCUCAUCCUAUUUUUGAUAACCGUGCACCCAACACUGCUGAGCUCAAGAUCUGCCGAGUAAACCGGAACUCCGGGAGCUGCCUUGGUGGGGAUGAGAUCUUCUUGCUGUGUGACAAAGUGCAGAAAGAAGACAUUGAGGUGUAUUUCACUGGACCAGGCUGGGAAGCACGAGGCUCCUUUUCUCAAGCUGAUGUGCACCGGCAAGUGGCUAUUGUGUUCCGGACUCCUCCAUACGCUGACCCCAGCCUGCAGGCUCCUGUGCGUGUCUCCAUGCAGCUUCGGCGGCCUUCUGAUCGGGAGCUCAGUGAGCCCAUGGAGUUCCAGUACCUGCCAGACACAGAUGAUCGCCACCGGAUUGAAGAGAAACGCAAAAGGACCUACGAGACCUUCAAGAGCAUCAUGAAGAAAAGUCCUUUUAAUGGACCUACUGAACCCCGGCCUCCAGCACGACGUAUUGCUGUGCCUUCUCGAAGCUCAACUGUCUCCAAGCCAGCCCCCCAGCCCUAUACCUUUCCAACAUCCCUCAGCACCAUCAACUUUGAUGAGUUUCCCCCCAUGGUGUUACCAUCUGGGCAGAUCUCAAACCAGGCCUUGGCCUCGGCACCAGUCCUGGCCCAAACCUUGGUCCCCUCCUCUGCCAUGGUGCCAGCUCUGGCUCAGCCCCCAGCCCCUGUCUCAGUUCUAGCCCCAGGUCCUCCCCAAGCCCUGGCCCCACCUGUUCCAAAGACCACCCAGGCCGGGGAAGGCACACUGUCUGAAGCCCUGCUACACCUGCAGUUUGAUGCUGAUGAAGACUUGGGGGCCUUGCUUGGCAACAGCACAGACCCAGGUGUGUUCUCAGACCUGGCAUCUGUCGACAACUCAGAGUUUCAGCAACUCCUGAACCAGGGUGUGUCCAUGUCUCACCCCACAGCUGAGCCCAUGCUCAUGGAGUACCCAGAAGCUAUAACUCGGCUAGUGACAGGGUCCCAGAGGCCCCCUGACCCAGUUCCCACACCCCUGGGGACCUCGGGCCUUCCCAAUGGCCUCUCAGGGGAUGAAGACUUCUCCUCCAUUGCGGACAUGGACUUCUCAGCUCUUCUGAGUCAGAUCAGCUCCUAAGGGACUGAAGCUGGCUCUGCUCAGAGCAUCAGGUUUCAGGGUAUUGAAGCCUUCCCGAAGCACUUACAGAUUCUGGGGAGCAUGCGCCAACUGCCCCUGACUUCUUUGGGUGGUAUCUUCUAUGGGUGGCACACCUUAUUAUUGGCAAUAUCUCACUCUUUUUGGAGGUGCUUAAGCAGAAGCAUUAACUUCUCUGGAUGGAGCUGGGAGGACUCAGACUUCUCCCACGGUAAUAGUCAGCUCCCUUCUUGGUAGGGAACUCUGGAAUCUCUCUUCCACCCUCCAGUUCCAGCCCUCUUCUAGAGAGUGGGGGGCAAGCUGGAUCUGUGGCCUAAAGGCCAUGACGCCUUAUUAUCACGUGUCUUCCUCAUCAUGGGUUCCUGUACACCUUGAUCCAAAGCAAUGCUCCUAAUAGCAGCCCUUACGUAUUGCUGCCCAACACCAGCACGAGGGGCUGUUUUUCUCUCCUGUGAUGCUCUUGCCCUGCCAGCUCUUUCCAUGCCAAGCUGUGGCUGAGGGGAACAGGUGGAAUAGCACUGGCCACCUUCAGGAUCCUGAGGGAGUUGAGUCUGAGACAUCCCUGCUCCCCCUUUUCUCAAGUGCCUUAAUAGCAGGGCAAAUUGUGUGGAGUCAGAAGGGUGGGCUAGAUGCUCAGCCACAAGACAGUCUUCACUGAAAAAAGCUGUUGGACUCUUGCUCUUUCUAACUCUGAACUAAUAAAUGUGUUACCAUGCUGGCAA